UUCACGCCGUGUAUCCGCUUCCUGCGGCCCUGGUCGGGUCUGGCGGUGAUGGCGGCGGCGGCGGGACGGGAGGCCGAGGUCGGGGCCGGGGCCGCCGGCGGCAGCAGCAGCGAUGGAGGAGGAGGAGGCGGCGGCGGCUCGAUGCGUGAAGAGCUAUCCAACCUCUCCUUCGAGGAGCUGCAGGAGCUGCAGAGUAAAGUCGGGCUCAAAGCCUACAACCGGAUGGUGUGUGACUCUGGGAAAGAACAACGCAAGGAGCGACGCCAGUCGCUGAAGAAGGACAGGCCCAUGGAAAUGUCGUCAAAGCAGCCAGUGCCGUUCCUGCGGAGGCCAGUCGCCGUGAAGAAGGGGAUGUUGCGGGAUCCGCGGUUUGAUGAUCUGUCCGGUGACUACAACCCUGAGAUCUUCGACAAAACCUACGCCUUCCUCGACGACAUCCGGCACAAGGAGAAAGAGCUCAUUAAACGGAAGCUGCGGAAGGUGAAGAAGCCGAAGAGCAAGCAGCAGCUGGAGUAUGUGCUACGGAGGAUGACAGAACAAGACAAGGCCCAGGACCACAAGCGACAGCAGCGAGAGAGGCUCAACCAGUUCAAGCAGGAGCAGAGGCAGAGGGUUCAGCAAGGGAGCAAGCCCUACUUCCUCAAGAAAUCUGAGCUAAAAACGAUGGAGCUUGCAGACAGAUACCAAGCACUGAAGCGUGACGGCAAACUCGAGAGCUUCCUGGGGAGGAAGCGGAAGCGGAAUGCCACGAAGGAUCGGCAGAAGUUGCCUGGGAGGAGAGCGCGGUGAGGCUGCGGCAGACUGGACUGGACUGGACUGUGGUGGGACAGUGCUCGCACAGCUCGUGUUACCUGCACCACUGACCGGCUCGAUGGAUCAUCCACUGUGCCCCCCCCCCCCCGCCGCUCAUUCUCCGCUUUUGUAAGUUAUCGUGUAUAAAAUCAGAGACCUGUGAA